CUCCCAACUCCCAGAAAGCACUCCUCAUGUAAAUUGUGAAGGUUGUGUCAGCUUUCAAUGGACUGUUCAAAUUUGCUUUCGCUAUCAGAAUCAUUUGUGAACGGCAGAUGCGGAUGUUUAACUGCGAGGAUGACGCGUUGUUCAGUUUGAUAAAGUGUGUGAGAUGUUCGUCAUGACAGAAAUGUGCUGACGUUUGUGCUCAGCAGUUUGGCAAUAACAUGUCAUCCACCGAGGCUGCCAGGGAGUUCCAAGCUAAAGAGCGCAAAUGCAGAAACCAGCUGAAGAAGCGACUGGCAAAUGCUUUGUCAGGAGACCUGAACCGGCUGCUGCAGGAGGAGCAGGAGACUGACGUCACUCUGUGUGUGGGUCCUGUUGUUCGGCUGAAGGCCCACAGAGCGGUGCUGCUGGCCCGAGCUCCUCACCUCCUGCUGGGAACCGAACCAACUACACCUGUCAUACACCUGCAGGGGACUGAACCUGCAGCCCUCAAGGACUUCAUACAAAACGUGUACACGGAUGACAAGUGCCUGGCAAAGGAAAGUACUGCCUUAAAUAUACACAACGACCAUUCGCUGGUAGUGAACGGCACUGCUGAAGACGGCCCUGAUGUUGACUCUCAGGUCAGCUCUGACUCAAGUUCAGAGAAUUUCGAGUCAGCAUCUGGGCUUGGGGCAGAUCUUUUGGCUCUGUAUCACAUGUCCGAUAUGUCUGACAUCAGCAUUCAGGUGGCAGAUAGAGUCUUCUCAGCACACAGGGCCAUUCUGUGUGCACGCUCGCAGUAUUUCCGAGCGAUGUUGUGUGGCAGUUGGAUGGAGAGUUUGCGUCAGUGUAUCACUCUGCAGGGUCUGGGUCCAGAUGAGAUGGAGAUUCUGCUUCAUUUCAUGUACGGUGCCAUCCUAGACUUCCCACCAGGAACAAAUGUCAGUCAGGUUGUGUUAGCAGCAGACAUGUUGGGCCUGGAGGGGCUAAAAGAUGUGGCCGAGAUGGUCCUGACUCGGGACUACUGCCGCUUUUUUCCCAAGCCUGUUGAUGGAGUUCAGAGAUCCAUACUUGAGUGCCUUGCCAUUACCCACUCUAUAGGCCUGCACGAUCUCUACAGCUCCUGUGUGAGAUGGGUUGCUGAGCAUUUCGUGAAGUGCUGGUCAGAAAGGAAUUUUGCCCUCAUUCCUCCAGAACUACAGAAAGAUUGCCUUAAUACAGUCAGCAAAAACAUGACGGUGCAGAGUGUCGUAUCUGUGCUGUGUGGCUGCGAGCAGCUGAUCGGGAGCCUGCCGGAGGUGAAAUGGGCCAAGCAGGUGCUGAGUCUGGCCAGCGAACUGCAAGAGGAGUGUCUGCAGAUGAUUGUCACACACCUGGCCCAGGUCACACACACCGCUGCCUUCCACGAUCUCCGAAGGAGAGAGGAGUUUACACGUGACCCCACUCUACUGAGGAAGGUGUGCAUAGCUGUGCGGGAGGGUGUUACUGUGGAGAACUGCUGUGACCUCUUCACUGCUGUCAGUCGGCUGAGUGGGGACCCGAGUGAGGUAGACAUGAUCACAGAAGACCAAGCCAAUCAGGAGGAAGUGGAGCCAUUCAGGCGUGAGCUGUGUUUGCUGCGCACGAGGCUCUGGACCUUCCUGUUUCAGUCCUUCUUUGCAGUGCGGCACACUCAAGGAUGGGACACUCUACAACCCAGAUAUCGGGAAAAAAUACUUGCAGCUGCUCUUGAUAAAGGAGACUGCAGAAGGCUUGGAAAAAAACCUGUGCUCACCAGCUCCCAGAAACCUACAAAAUGCCUCUCGGGCACUUCAUCUCCAUGUGAUAGCCCUACUCAUCGUCCCAUUAAGGUAUCACAGGGUCCACGUGCUUCCCCUGCAAGAUCUGUAGCUGCAGCAUCAGGCACCAUGAAGUCUGAUGCUCUAGGGCCAACAGCUCACACGGUUCCUUCUGGGAAAACAAAAUCUGGUAACAACACCUCACUUGGAAGCAAGAAUGAUAAAAUUAAGCCAACUCACACGCCAGCUAAAACCAAGACUUCAUCUACUGUUAAACCAGUAUUGAAUGGCACUGGUGGUGGUGCUCCUCGGGAGAAUUCCUCCACUUCAGGUGCCCGUAGUUCACCUACAGGGAAGACGGUGCUGGACAGGAAGCCAAACCCAGGAGCAAGGCCAAAGUCUUCCUCUGCUGGGUCUGAUCUCUCAACAGGCCAUGCUAAAGGAGUAAAAUUGCCGAAGAACACAAUGUCAGGGAAAGAUCUGCCUCAGGAAUCAGCCAGCAAUGCUCAGAAUACUCCAUCUAACUCUGGCAGCACCUCACCAGACAACAGCGCUGGGAGUCCUCGCAACAAUGGCCACAGUACUCCAACAGGUCUCAGGUCAAAACUUCAAGCCAAGGCAACAACAAAAUCUCCUCUUACCAAACCUGCCCAAAAAACAGACACUGAAAAGACUAGCAGCCCCACUAAUAAAUCAAGCAAGACUAAACCUACCACAACUAGCCGUGCAGUACCUGUAAUUCCUGCAUCCCGCUCAGAUCCAAAGAGCAAGAGCACGGUGUCAAGCCUUUCAGAGAACCACGCUUCUUCUAGACCUGGUUCAGCCCUUAGCUCUAAAAAGCCUGCCUCCCCAAGAAAAGAGGUAGAGAAAGAUAUAUCCAAACCUUCAACUAUUAAGAAGACAACAAAGGCCAUCUCUGAGUCAAGGCAAAGCAUUAAAGCUUCCACAUCUUCCUCUAAGCAGUCGCUUGCUGCCCCAAACAAAACGGGACCUAAACAGAAGGCUCCAGAAACACUUUCAACAAAAUCAUCUCUUAAAUCCUUUGGGGCAGUCAAAAACUCAACUCCUGCUGGCUCUAAAAAACCAGGCACUGCUGUGAAAGAUUCAAUAUCUAGCCCCAAACACUUAAAAAAGGUUACUCAGAAGAAUCCAGCUUCUACCGAAGGUAAGACAAGAAGCAAGGAAGUAGUUGCAUCUUGUCUAGAGAGUUCCAAAGUUCCUUUGUCCAUGGAGCAGCAUUCACUAGUCAGUCCGGCUAUACUAGACCAGCCAGAGGUGGUUCCCAAGGGUAUUUCAGCAACUUCCACUAAGGUUCAUGAUAUGGAGAAAAACAGUGAUCCAGUGAGUAAAUUACGUAACACAGAGGUGAAGACUCUAACUCCAGACAUGCAUACAUAUACUUCUGAACAGAGUGAGGUGAGCGGGAGUAAACUGGCCACAGCCCAUGCCGUUCCACCCCAUACCACUGGAUCAGACCGGGGCCUCAAUUCCAUGAACUCCUCAAAGGAUUUCCCUCCUGAUACACCUUGCAGUCUAGGGAGCAUUGAGACACCCCUAGAGGACUCGUGGAAUGGGCUUCAUCCCCAGGUUAGCCCAGAGUCAGAGACUGGCAGUGCCACCACUUCUUCUGAUGACAUAAAGCCACGGUCGGAGGAUUAUGAUGCUGGAGGCUCACAGGAUGAUGACUGUUGCUCUCAUGAGCGUGGCAAUUCAAAGUGUGGGACCAUGCGUUGCCCUGACUUUCUGGGCCGCAGCAGCAGUGACACCAGCACACCUGAGGAGCUCAAGAUGUACGAGAGCGGGGCUGGACUACGUGUGGAGGUACGUCUCAGAGGACGGGAGGCAGAGACUACAAGUGAAGAAGAGGUAGGGCGUCAAAGACCACGAUCGUGGAUUAGAAAAGAUGAAGUGCCAGUGGAGGAGGAACCUUGUGAAAUGGAUUCUGCAUUAAAAAACUUGAAGAGUGUACAGGACCACCAACUUUUCUCCACUGAGGAGGAAGAAGAAGAAGAGGAGGAGGAAGAAGAAGAGGAAGAGACUGAAGAUGAAAGAUCGGAAGUUGAGGUGCUACCGAGAGGAAUGGCUCCCCCACUUAACGAGCCACCUCCACAGUUCCAAGGUAUUGUCAACCUCGCAUUUGAAGAUCCUGCGGACCAAGAGAAUGAGCAACCAGAGUACCAGUCAGCUUCUAACUUCCGUCGCUCUGUUUUGCUCUCGGUGGAUGAGUGUGAGGAGCUUGGAUGCGAAGAAGGAGGCGCCCAGACUUCGACAGUUGAUGUCUUUGACAGUGAACCUCACAAUUCACAGACAGACUACUGCUCCCAGCAAUCCACAAGCACAGUGAUAUCUAACCACCAAGAAAAUGAACGGGAGCCCAAACCUGUGCUAUUCCUGACAGAGGUCCGGGGAUCUCCACAGGAGGAUGGUGCAUGUAAUCAAUCAGAUGCCCCAGUGCAAGAUAAAGACACCAGUGACGUUCCUGCUCAAGAGCGUCCUAGUCACCUGGACCUCCGGCUGGCAGAACAGUAUGGCAAUCUCCAGACCAAACAUAUAGACAGCAGGAAAGCUGACUUGCGGCUAGACUUACCUGAGCCGCAGCUGAAUGUGAGCUCACCUGCACACUCUCCAGCAGGGGACAUUGAUGGUUGUGACACAUUGGAUCAAACCUGCACACAUGACCGGCGGUCGUCUAAAGCCCUGUCCCCCAUUUACGAGAUGGACCUGGGAGAAGCCCUCGAACAAAGAAUGGAUGCAGACAAGAGCAAUGAUCCCCAACAGGAGGAGUCACAUUGGAAUGGUAAAGGAGUAGAGACCGAGCACGUUAAAGAGGAAGUGGACAAUGAAGUCGGAGAGUUUGCAGAGAAAGACUGGAGUCUGCUUCGACAGCUACUGUCUGACCAAGAGUCCAAUCUGGGCAUCAUAAACUCAGUCCCAGAGGAUUUAAACCUUGCACAAUACCUGAUAAAGCAGACGUUGUCCUUGUCUCGAGACUGCUUGAAUGAACAGGACUACUUGUAUCACGAAAAGGACACAUUUAAGCGCUGGGCCGAGCUUAUUUCUCCACUGGAGGACUCCACCACCAGCAUCACUGUGACCAGUUUCUCCCCCGAGGACGCUGCCUCUCCACAGGGCGAGUGGACUAUCGUGGAGCUGGAAACGCAUCACUGAUGGCAUCCUGGACUGGAAUACAGCCAAUGUUUUGAUGGG